UCAGUCACGUCACAUUCGAGUGAUUCGAGCUCAGUCGUUUCUUCGAGUCGGAUGACGUGCGAUGGCUGGUGAUUUAACAUCGCUACGUCUGCUAUUAAUUACACGUUGCGCUCAGAUCCACGCAUGUGAACAGCUGGAUGUUUCAUCAUCAGGUGGAAAGUGGUGCGACGACAACAACGACUCCGUGGGAUAGGACACUCGCUUGUUGAUACUUCCACGAUGCAGUCACGAAAUAGGAUCCAACACGAGGACAGUUCCGGGAACAGACUGCAUAACCGCACCUGGAGCCACGGCAAUGACAGCGAGGAGGAGAUCGCCAGUGAGAAUACAUUGUUGAACGAAAACAGCGAACAGAGGCAAAAACAUUCUACCCCAAUAGAAUGCAGUGCUUGUCCAGUCACGACAUUUGCUGAGGAGAAAAUGCGACGCAAACUGCGAUUCUUCUUCAUGAAUCCGAUUGAAAAGUGGCAGGCGAAACGGCGUUUCCCCUAUAAAUUUGUCGUCCAAGUUAUCAAGAUCAUCCUUGUGACCGUACAACUCUGUUUAUUCGCACAUAACAAUUAUAUGCACGUGAAUUAUACUUGGGACAACCGAAUCACGUUCUCCCAUCUCUUUUUAAUGGGAUGGGAAUCUACUCAAGAGGUACCUGCAUAUCCACCCGCAUCAGGACCGUUAGCUAUCUACAAGCGAAGCGAUUUUUACGAUGCUAUCGAUUAUGCUUUGCAUGGUUAUUACAACGUCAACGACGCUAUCGGUGCGUACUCCUACAUUGCCGAAGAUAAUUCGGUAGGGCCCGUAACCUUGUGUCUUUACGAGUAUAAGGAGGGCAUUAUAUUCGGUUUCAACGAGAGCUACGUGUUUGAUAGUGAAAUUGUGGAAACUUGCAUGAACAUCACUCUCGAGACCUUCAACACAUUUAAUUCGUCGCACAAUCUUCUGCAAGACAGAAACAUUAACGUCAAUUUCUCCGCUCUGGUACGCGCUCAUCUGAAAUUUGCUCUAAAAACGGUGAAUUUGAAAGCGGCCGGGCCAAUGACACCACCCGAUUGUUAUCGUUUCAACAUUAAGGUUAUCUUUGAUAACCGCGAUUUCGAUGGACAGAUGCUGCUCUCGUUAGAUGCCGAGGCUAGGAAGUUGCAAUGUAAAGGUGAUACCCAUUACAUUACUGACAACCGCAUCGAAUCGGCACUGAGGACUUUGCUGAAUUUACUUGUCAUACUGAUUUGUACGAUUUCUUUGGUGUUAUGCUCGCGAGCGAUAUAUAGAGCUCAACUACUGAAGUUUGAGACUAUAAACUUCUUCAAAAAAACGUAUGGCACAAUACUAAGCUUCGAAGGUCGACUGGAAUUCUUGAACCUUUGGUACAUUAUGAUUAUCAUCAAUGAUCUACUUAUCAUUAUUGGUACCGUCAUAAAGGAACAAAUCGAGCGAAAACACUCCGAGACUGAUCACUGGAAUAUUUGCAGUAUAUUUCUUGGAACUGGAAAUCUGCUUGUGUGGUUUGGUGUAUUGCGCUAUCUUGGCUUCUUCAAGACGUACAAUGUUGUCAUUUUAACUCUAAAGAAAGCGAUACCGAAAGUGGCAAGAUUCUUGAUAUGCGCUGUUCUCAUUUAUGCCGGUUUCACGUUCUGUGGCUGGUUGGUGCUUGGUCCAUAUAAUUUAAAGUUCCGAUCCCUUGCGACCACAUCCGAGUGCUUGUUUGCGUUAAUUAAUGGCGAUGAUAUGUUCGCUACGUUUUCCAUAACGUUUUCCAAAUCAGCUGUGUUAUGGUGGUAUUCUAGAAUCUAUUUAUAUUCGUUUAUCUCACUGUACAUUUACGUCGUCUUAAGUUUGUUCAUUUCUGUGAUAAUGGACGCGUAUGAUACGAUCAAGAUAUAUUAUCGCGAAGGUUUCCCGAAGAAUGACCUGCAGACAUUUAUAGCUCCAUGCACAGACGAGGCAUCGAGCGGCAUCUUCAGGGACGACUCCGAGAGAAGCAACUUGACGGAGUUGCUUGAACGAUUCUGUUGUUGUCGAAAAAGGCCCUUUUACGGAUCCUUCUCGGAGUCGGACUCCUCAAAAUCCGAGCAAGAAUGCAAUGGAGCCAUCUGUGUCUAGUGCGUUAACGCAGAGCACCUGGAGGUGUUAUGGUGCGACUAUAGAUACGCAGUACGAUUUUAAAUCGGUUGCUUCAACAUCCUUAAUUUAAUAAUUUUUAUUUGCUAGUU